UUAACCUCCCCUCUCCCCCCCCCCCCUCUCUCUCAUGCAUUUUCACAAACACAUCAUCUUCAUUCCUUCUUUCUAACUCUACUUCGUCCCUUCCAUACCUGCUUCAACUUCUUCUUCUUUCUCAUGGCCCUUGAAACUCUGCUCAUCAAGGUCAGAACAGCGCUUUCAAACCGGUUCGACUCUGUUCGACCCUCUCCGGCGUCGUCGAACCGGAAACUGUUGCUUAAGAAAUCGUCUUUCAAGGCCAAAAACGUAGGCGUUUUGGCCUUCGAGAUCGCCGGCGUCAUGUCGAAGCUCCUCCAUUUAUGGCAGUCCCUCUGUGACCCUAACAUCAUUCGUCUACGAAACGACUAUAUUUCCCUUGAAGGUGUUCGUAAGAUCAUCUCAAACGACGAGUCGUUUCUGCUCGGCCUCGCCUGCGCCGAGUUCGCUCACAACCUCAGGCUCGUCGCCAACUCCGUCACUAGGAUCAGCCGGAGAUGCGAGGAUUCUAACCUCCGAUCGUUCGAGCGGCUAUUCCACGAGUUCGCCGACUCGGGUCGCGACCCGCACGGGUGGGUCCUCUCGAGCCCGAAGGAAAUCGAGGCCAAGCACAAGAAAAUGGAACGUUAUGUGACCAUAUCGGCUACUCUGUACAGAGAAAUGGACGAGCUUUCGGUUCUAGAAAGUUCGCUGAGAAAAACUCUGCAACAUGGUAACGAUAACGAAGCUUCUUCUUCUUCUUCAAUCAGCAGGGACCAGAAAAUCUACGAGCUUCAGCAGAAGAUUUUCUGGCAGAAACAAGAGAUAAAGGACUUAAAGGACAGAUCUCUGUGGAAUAGAAGCUUCGAUUCCGUUGUUUCAUUGCUCGUAAGGUCAAGUUUCACCAUUUUAGCAAGGAUUAAGCUUGUUUUUGGAAUUGGCCAUUGCGUCCCCUGUUUAUCUCGUACCCUCUCUGCUUCCGCCGCCGUUUACCCAUCCGAUCAAAACCCUCCUUUCAUUUCUAGCCCAUCAACCAAAAACUCAAAUCUCGACGAAGAAAAGAAAGAUUUAUCAGCUGGGUUCUUCGAGUCAAAUCAGAAGCUUCUGAAGCCGCCAGAAACUACGUUAGGAGCCGCAGCUCUGGCUUUGCACUAUGCGAAUUUGAUCAUAGUGAUGGAGAAGAUGAUAAAAUCUCCACAGUUAGUUGGCAUGGAUGCGAGGGAUGAUCUGUACUCGAUGUUACCAAACAGUAUCAGAUCGUCCCUGAGAAAAAGACUGAAAGGAGUCGGGUUCUCGGCGAGUGAUCCGGUGCUCGCCGGAGAAUGGAGGGAGGCAUUAGGGAGGAUUCUGGGAUGGUUAUCGCCGUUGGCUCAUAACAUGAUAAAGUGGCAGAGCGAGAGAAGCUUCGAGCAGCAGAAUUCAAUGCCAAAAACGAACGUUUUGCUGUUGCAGACUCUGUUUUUCGCGAACAAGGAGAAAACAGAGGCCGCCAUUACUGAGCUGCUUGUGGGGUUGAAUUAUAUUUGGAGGUUCGAGAGGGAAAUGACAGCGAAGGCAUUGUUUGAGAGUAACAAUUUUAAUGUAGUGUCGAAUCUGCAGUAAUAGGAGGAAGAAUGAAUGUUCAUCAUCUUCCUGUAUCUCUUUUUUCCUCAUAGUCCUUAUUCUGUAAUUUUCGUCUUCUCAUUUUCAUGGAGGUUGAAAUUAGAUGAUUGAACCAAGUUCGUACGUCAGAGAUCCUUGAAGCCAGAAGGGUUUGUUUGGAUAAUCUAACCCAGCUAUUGUAAAUGAAAAAAAUAAAUGAAAAAAAAUAUAUAUUACAGAUAUA